GGAAAUGAUAGUUGGCAAGGAAACGACAGUGAUCAGGCCCAUUCUCCACUAUUAGGAUCCGGUGAUAAACCAGUAAACGGUGAUGAUGAAUGGGAAUACGAAGAAAUCAUCCUCGAACGAGGAGGAGCAGGCCUCGGCUUCAGCAUUGCUGGAGGCACCGACAAUCCUCACAUCGGCGACGACACCGCCAUCUACAUCACCAAGUUAAUACCCGGAGGGGCGGCAUCUAGCGAUGGCAGAUUGAGGGUCAACGAUUCCAUUCUGUCUGUCAACGAUGUACCCGUCGUUGACGUACCACACGCUAUGGCCGUCGAUGCGCUCAAGAAAGCGGGCAACACUGUUAAAUUGUGUGUCCGACGAAGACGGCAACCUCGCAACAUGCGCCUGAUGGAGAUCGAAUUGGUGAAGGGUAACAAAGGUCUAGGGUUUAGCAUCGCCGGUGGUAUAGGCAACCAACAUAUACCCGGUGAUAAUGGGAUCUACGUCACGAAGGUGAUGGACGGUGGCGCCGCUCAAGUCGACGGCCGGUUGCUGGUUGGGGAUAAGUUGGUGGCAGUAAGAGAUGCCGUGAAAGGAGAAGUGAAUCUAGAAAAUGUGACUCACGAGGAUGCCGUAGCGACGUUAAAAACAACGCAAGAUCGCGUCGUCCUCAUUGUAGCCAAACCAGAGAGUGCCUUCAAUGCUCCCGCAUCGGAUACUUCAUAUUCGCCGCAACUUUCUACAAAAGUUUCUCAUGGUUAUGCUGAUUCAGUACAUUCUGUACAUUCAUCGAAUUUGGCAUUACAUCACCCUCCUUCUACACCCAGAGCCAUUAGCGCCGAAGAUAUCACACGAGAUGUGCGAACCGUAGUUCUUCAGAAAGGCAACGCAGGUCUCGGCUUUAAUAUCGUCGGCGGUGAAGAUGGCGAAGGAAUCUUCAUAUCGUUCAUUUUGGCAGGAGGGCCCGCCGACCUGAGCGGAGAACUCCGAAGAGGCGAUCAGAUUCUGAGCGUCAACGGAGUCAAUCUCAGAAAUGCCACACACGAGGAGGCGGCGCUGGCCCUGAAGGUAAAUAAUCAUCUGGGUACAAGUCAGACAGUCAGCGUUGUAGUACAAUAUCGGCCCGAAGAAUACAACAGAUUCGAAGCUAAAAUUCAUGACCUAAAACAACAGAUUGCACAUCCUGUUACGGGUGGUACUUUACUUAGAACAUCACAGAAACGAUCUCUCUAUGUGAGGGCAUUAUUCGAUUACGAUCCAAUGAAAGACGACGGUUUACCAAGCCGAGGUCUGGCAUUCCACUACGGCGAUAUUCUUCACGUGACAAACGCCAGCGAUGACGAAUGGUGGCAAGCCAGAAGAGUACUUAAUACUGGAGAUGAACAGGGUAUGGGUAUUGUCCCAUCAAAGAGACGGUGGGAGAGAAAACAGAGAGCUAGAGAUAGAUCUGUUAAAUUUCAGGGACAUGCACCUAAUAUUCUUGAUAAGCAAUCAACAUUAGAUAGGAAAAAGAAAAAUUUCUCUUUUAGUAGAAAAUUUCCGUUUAUGAAAAGCAAAGAUGAUAAAUCAGAAGAUGGAUCAGAUCAGGAACAACCCAAUUCUGAUAAUCCUAACUCCGCUAACGAUAACGAAAAAAAUCCCCAAUCUUUCAUGCUCUGUUAUACUCAAGAGGAUGCUAACGCAGAAGGUGAAAUAUUAUAUCGGGUCGAACUGCCGUAUAUGGAAGAAAUAACACUAAUUUAUUUGGAAGAUAAUGACAAUAUGGGGGAUUUUAGCAAUGAGGAAAACGUUCUAUCAUACGAACCAGUUCAACAGUUGCAUAUUAAUUAUACGAGACCUGUUAUUGUAUUGGGUCCUCUAAAGGAUCGUAUCAAUGAUGAUUUGAUAUCUGAGUUUCCUGACAAGUUUGGAAGUUGUGUACCACAUACCACAAGACCUAAGAGAGAAUAUGAAGUCGACGGUAGAGACUACCACUUUGUCGCCUCCAGGGAACAAAUGGAAAGAGAUAUUCAAAAUCAUCUAUUCAUUGAAGCGGGACAGUACAAUGACAAUUUGUAUGGAACUUCUGUAGCAUCUGUACGUGAAGUCGCUGACAAGGGUAAACAUUGUAUCCUGGAUGUGAGCGGCAAUGCAAUAAAGAGGCUGCAAGUGGCGCAGUUGUAUCCCAUCGCCGUUUUCGUGAAGCCAAAAUCUGUCGAAUCCAUAAUGGAAAUGAAUAAAAGAAUGACAGAAGAGCAAGCCAAGAAGACUUUUGAACGGGCAAUAAAGAUGGAGCAAGAAUUCGGCGAAUACUUCACAGCUGUUGUACAAGGCGAUACUCCCGAAGACAUCUAUAACCAAGUCAAAGAAGUAAUUAAGGAACAAUCAGGACCAAACAUAUGGGUACCAGCCAAGGAGAAACUGUGA